AUGUGGAAAUUAGUUAUUUACUUGCUCGUGACCUUGCUGGUUCGGGCACGUCAUCUUCGAAAGAGACAAACUUUGUGCCCCGACGUGUGCGAUGUGUCCCGCUGUCUGUCCUCCUUGGAAUCUUGUUAUUUCGGUGUCGUCAGGGACGGAUGUAACUGCUGCGCCGUGUGCGCGGCCGGCGAGGGAGACUUUUGCGGAGCGUCUGGGUACGGGGUGUGCGGCGAGGGCACGGCAUGCACGUAUGGGGCGGGAGAGCGUGCCAACGCGCGCGGGACCUGCGUGUGCACCUUGGCGGAGGAGGUGUGCGGCAGCGACGGAAGAACCUAUCCCAGCAUCUGCCGUCUGAAGGCGGAGAACAAGAGGGCCGAACUAAGCGACACUCCCGUAGUCAUCCUGAUCCAGAAGGGCCCGUGCAACUCUGGUUCCCGGAACCCCAGCAGCAUGCGCUACAAAUUCAACUUUAUUGCAGAUGUGGUGGAAAAGAUCACCCCGGCAGUCGUGCACCUGGAACUGUUUAAAAGGCUUCCGUACAGCGGCCAGGAAGUGCCAGUGUCCAGUGGCUCUGGGUUCAUCGUGUCCGAGGAUGGCUGGAUAGUCACCAACGCCCACGUGCUGUCCAACAAACAGCGCAUAAAGGUAGAGCUCAAGGACGGGGCCCACUAUGACGCCACCAUCCGAGAUGUGGACCAGAAGCUGGAUAUCGCUCUAAUUAAGAUCGACUCAGAGGACCGUCUGCCUGUGCUGUUGCUGGGCCGCUCCUCUGACCUCCGCACGGGUGAGUUUGUGGUUGCCGUGGGCAGCCCAUUCUCUCUGCAGAACACCGUCACUACAGGCAUCGUCAGCACGACGCAGCGUGGCAGCCGGCAGCUAGGACUGCACAACUCUGACGUGGAGUACAUCCAGACGGACGCCAUCAUCAACUACGGCAACUCGGGGGGCCCACUUGUUAACUUGGAUGGAGACGUCAUUGGCAUAAAUACCUUGAAGGUUACAGCGGGAAUAUCAUUUGCAAUUCCCUCAGACCGGAUACGGCAAUUCCUGGCCGACUCCUACGAGAGGCAAAGAAAAGGGAGAAUGCAACCCAAAAAAAAAUAUAUAGGAAUAAGGAUGCUUCAGCUGACGCCAUCCUUGAUCAUGGACCUGAAGGAGAGGGAGAGCGAUUUUCCCAAAUUGAGCGCGGGCGUGUAUGUGUACGAGGUGAUACCUGGAACCGCAGCUUCCAGUGCCGGCCUGAGGGCUAACGACGUGAUCGUCAGCAUUGACGGGCAGCCCGUCCGGAGUGCCGACGACAUUAGUCAUGCCGUGCAGUCCUCCAAAACGCUCUCGGUGACUGUGCGGCGCGCCGAUAUGGACGUGACGCUGACCGUCAUCCCCAGCGAACUGGAGUGAUGGAUGCACCUGUGCUUCUCGUGCUUCUCCUACCUUCUUUAUUAGUAGCAGUUACCAAGCACCUACACACACGAGCCACUUGGAUACAAAAGCUAUGGGUGCGUUUUAUAUUGGCACAGUUGACAACGAUAUGGCAUCUGUUGCUACAGUUGUCAGCUACCUUCUGCCCCACUCAUCCCUACAGUUUAUGACUACAGACUAUGAAAUGUCACACAUACCAGCAGACACCUGGUAGUGAAUCCGAAUUUACAUUCACAUUGCAGGCCACAUUAUUCAGUUCCCAUUUCACAUUAAUAAUUGCAAGUAACCUCUGCCUGUCUUUUAUAUAUUUAUAUGUAUGUAUGUAUGUAUAUGUAUAUAUGUGUGUGUGUGUAUCAGUAUGUCAAAAAAUAUCCAGCCAAGAGCAGUCCAACAGAAACUGCUCAUGAUUAAUACGUUAUGCUUAGAAACAGAUAGGCCAUAGUCUCUAGACUGUACACCUGAACAGAAGGUGUUCAUAAUCAAUAAAUGUUUCUAUGUGUGUGUGUGUAUAUUAUAAAGUAUCUACCAGUUUUGCUUUCGGGAGUUCUUGGGGUGACUGAUUUUCUUUCACAAAGGUG